UUAAAAUUAAAUUUCUUGUUUAUGCUACUUCUCGAUUUUCACAAAUAUUUUAACUAACCAUGACAAGGAUCUAUGCCAUUGCAAUAUCGUGCAUACUUCAUUUGGGCUUGUGCACCUCAUUCUUUAUACACCAGUCGGAUGACGUCUGCUCAGAGACAAUACAUUUGCCCGCCUAUCUUGUUUAUCUAUCACUGAUGGAUCUCAUAUACGAAAAUGAGCUGAUACCCUCCAACUGGAGAUAUUUGCCUGUUUGGCCAAAGUUUAUCAUGGAGCUCAUGGUGACAGUGUGGCUGGGCGAAGUUUGCCUUGUAUUCUUUUGGUCCAACAUGGAGAAAAUCUGCGUGGGCCUCCUCAAAACAUAUUUCGAAUUAGAUGAUGUAUCACGCAUAGUCAUUCUGAAUUGUCUAAUGCUGCUACUAAGUGGCUUUAUAGCGUGGCUAGUGGGCAUCGAAACCAGGCGUAUGGAAAAACUAAAAAGGCUGUUUGGCAAUGUUAGGCACUCUCGUGUCGAUAGAGAGAUGAAUGAAUGGAUACUUAAAAACAGAGACUAUUUUAACUCGCAACUAAACAAAUAACUGAACCUAUACCUUACGAAUAAUUCAUGUCCUGGAUUGGGAUUUUAUAUGUGGUGCAUUAAUUAUAGUCAAUUUCUGAUCUAUCAAAGACUAUUUAAUUUUGUUGUCUUCAAAAUAAAAAUCAUUCAAAAUGAA